AUGCCACUGCUGCCGUGGAGGUGCCCUUGCUGGCGAGGAGGCCUUCCUGCGUACGGCGCAGUCAGCGCUCAUAGGCGCCCCUUCUCGCGGUCAUCGCUUUCGUAUGCGCGGCCGCGGUCACACGAACCCAGUCGCCGAAAGGAGAGGAGCCACGCGGCGCCCCCCUCAAGCAAGAAGCGCGCAUCACCACCGAGGCCGUCUGGAAAGCAGGGUGUCUUCCAUUCUCGUCCUCAUGGCGGCUCACAACGAUCCUCACCCUCCUCCUCGCCGCCGUCUCCUCCAUCAGCGAUGGAGGUGGGUGGCGUGCGCGGUGCCGCCACCCCACUCCGCACCUCAUGCAGCACAGAGGAGAAGGAAAGAGGUCUUCUGCGCUACUUCAGCCGUGGUCGCUGCCUUUACGACACGGUUCCACUGCAGAGCGCGUCCUUUGCUCUUCAGCGCGCGUCUUGCACGCAGGCGCAGCGUGUCCCGCUCGUCACCCUCUUUCCUGCCCCCUCCCCAUCCGAAUUAAGACCGUCGCUUUCGGCCUCGGCUGCAGCAUGCCCCACGGCAGAGUCUCCCGGUCGUAUCGGGGUCCAACCUCCCGCGUCACACCCGGUCGGCAAGUCCGUCGCAACGGCGGAAGGACCCGCGCAGGUGGCACCGUCGACCGCAUCGUCCCCGCUGUCCCGGGUCUUAUCAUCCAAUCUUUUCUCGAGUUAUGAGCUGCAAGAAAGGCAGCAUUCGGACUGGCUGCAGUUCCGCCUUCUCAGCGCGCGCUUCUCCAGCGCGUUCGACUCGAACAAGUUCUUUGGCGCGGCAGAGAAGCCGCUGCGGGAUGUGUGCGCUGACAUGGCAGAGAUUUGGGACACCACGUGCACGGCGUGGGAGGAGGCCAUGCAGGCCCGGAACGGCGCCACAGGCAGCGGGGCAGCGAGCCUCCCCAAGCGCCACUCUGCCUGCUUUUUGGUUUGCUACGUGCAAACCCAGCAGAAGGCUGCCGUUGGCGUGUCCAUGCAGCGCAUCGCGGCGCAGGUGUGCGAGCUGGCUCGCGCCAACUACGCGCCGCAGCUGUUCCGGGUUGUUCCUGUUUUCAUUGGUGUGCGGGCACAGAUGACGCUGUGCAUGGACGCGACUGCGUGUAGCUCGCUAGCGGCGGAUGUGGCGGCAACGGCCGGCGCUCAAACAACUGAAACGAUCGUCUAUGCAACGGGGGGCUUGUACACCGUGGCGGAGACGGUGCAGUGCAUCACACACUUGGACCCUCACGCCUUUGAUCCGCGGGGGUCAUCUGACGCCUUGCCGCAUGUAGCGUCCUCGCGCGGUGCUCCAGAGUUGCUGUGCACGUUGGAGCCACAGGUCUUCCUGUUGUCGGACAGUUGGCUGCACGUGCGCAGCGUCGCCGACCUCUACGGCGACGAUUCUUCUAUGAGCAACUCCGCAUCUGACAGUCGUGCGGCGUCUGCAGCGGCAUCUCCAGCUUCUGAGCAAGCGCGGAAUCUCCACGCCCACGGGGCGAGGUCGUUUGUGCCAGAGUCAACACGGCGCAACGUGCACGUUAUCCCCGCUGUGGUAGCGGAUCGCCUGAGUCGGAAAGAGGAGCGCGCCAUCGCCCGCUACAUCUGGUGCGACAUGCAGCGUCGAGUCAGUGGCUGGCGCGCCGCUGCGACUCUGCAACCGCUCCAUCCAUCCUCUCUCGCUAAGCCCCUGUGA